GUCGCACUAAUUAUAACUUCCGCUUUAUGGUGUGGACAUAAUUUGUCUCUUGGCCUUGCUAUUAUUGUAAACAAUAUGAUGAAUUGCAUGCUGAUAGAGGAGGGAAGCAAGAUAUGACAACUUUCUCUAAUGUUUUGUUUAUAUCUGUGCUUUGGACAUGUAUGCAUCAUGUGUCCACCCAGAGCUACCCAAUCAUCCACUCAAGUAAGAGCAUUGAGGUAGAAGAAGGACAUAACUUAGAAGUAAGGUGCAGUGUCAGUGCCAAUGGGGGCCCCCCUAAAGCACUGUACUGGCGAGGGGUGUGGAAAUCAGAGGAUGAGAUCCACCAAGAGUGGGCAGACAACUUCACCAGGACACUGAUUAUCAAGAAUAUCACUGGGAAAGAUGCUGGCAUCUACCAGUGUUUCUACAAUAGCUCCACACUGCAAACAAAGAAAGGACUCUCCAUACGAGUCAUCUCAAAGUUGGCUACAGGUGCCAGGUGUCAUAGUAAACAGUUUUUAUGCGAGUCUGAUAAAGUCUGUAUUCCCAUGGAACAACGUUGCAAUAAACAUCCAGACUGUAUUGACGGAUCAGAUGAAAGAAACUGUCAGUACGCCAAGUGUGAGGACAUGUUUAUUUGUCAGAACCAGCGGUGCAUCAACAAGACGUUGGUGUGUGACAGCCAGCACAUAGACCACUGUGGAGACUGGUCAGAUGAGUAUUGUCUCAUCACAGAUGACCAGUACCCCCAAACAGAGGUGAUCAAUGCCACAUCAAACCUGCCCAGUGACAAGACACAGAUGUCGUGGCUGAAGACCACGGUCUACGCUGUGAUUGGGUGUACCGUCGGCACGGUUCUCCUGAUCUCCGUCAUCGUGGUGAUUGUAUUCAGGUUCAGAAUGAAGAGCUUCCCACGCUCUGCUGAAAGAAUGUUACGACAGUACCAUAGGACAGUCAGCAGUCAGAAUCAACAAGACAAUAAUCAGAAUGCCAUAGAGAUGGACCCUUUUCUGUCUGCGUCUUCUACUUACGGAAACAUUAUUGUGAAUGUGAACAAUGGCAUUCAGUACAUACCAAGGAGUGAGAUUUCUCCCAUUGGUGUGCCACCUUCAUAUUCUGAUGUAGAAAGGGAGAUAAAUAUGGGCAGAGGAUCUCCCCCACCGCUAUAUAGUACCAUAGACAGGAAUCCUGCUCGUGAAGUGAUUAAUUUCAAUAAUUACAUUAUUCAUGAAUCUUCAAUAGCCAGUGCGUGUGCCACUUGCUUGCCAUCCUUAUCUCGUGAUUCUUCCAUUUUAUCAGAAGGAGAACUGUAUGUUCAGCAAACACGACCCACCUCAAAUACGUGUAGCGUUUCUGUUCAGACCUCUUCUGAUGAACCAGAGGGUCGUACCAGGGAGAAUUCUCGCUCCUGUCAAUGCCAGUCUAUAACAGUUCAAAACGGGGCCAUAUUACUAACAGAUUUAUGUUCUCCACAUGAAAAUUGUGAAUCUCUUCAAUCAGAAUCCAUUCAGACAGACAAUGCGUCAUGCGGUAGAGUGUGUCAGUUAAAUGUUCAAGACGGUGCCAUAGUGUUGACCAGCGAUACUGUUCACAGUAACCCACCUUGUGUGGAUAGUCAAGAGAUCCAACGAGAGAACCAGGACAAUGUCAAUGCAUCUAUCAGGGCUGAGGGCAAUAAUCAUAAUGAGGUCCAGGGCAAUGUUAAUAGUGAGAUCCAGGGCAAUAAUAGCAGUGAAGAGUGCCCUUCCUCUAUGGAGUCAGGCCCAGCCCAAAUUCAAGUAGAGGGAGGGCAGAUAGUGUUAAGAGGAAACAUUGUCCCUACAGAGACUGUGUCUGUGUCACAGCAGACAGGGGGUACAACCUCUUCACCCCCACAUAUUGCUAUUCAGGAGGGACAGGUCGUCCUUCAAUGAGUAUAAACUAUACUGAGGUGCGACCAGUUCUUGCCGAGUACCAUUCUUGCCAGUACAUUGUGAAGUCAUUUUAUCAAGACAUAAAAUUAUAGACGUCACAAUGUACUGGCGAGAAAUGGUACUCGGUGAGAACUGGUCGCAUGCCAGUACAGCGUAAAGAAGGAAGUUUUAAAUAAAGAUCUGUGUUUUAACUGUUUUUUUGUGAAAAAUUUAGGAAAUAGAAAAAAGGGAAUUUAGAACUGCACAGUAUCAAUAUCAAUGUUUUGAAAUAUAUUCUUAGAAUGAAUUUAAUGUAUAUUAAGUAAACAUUUUUGAAAAAAUAUGUAGAUACAUGUACACUUAAAUAAUUUUGAAAGAGCACAUGAAUUUUCAUAUACGUGUUUGUUUUUGGUUGUGUAUAAAGAAAAGGUUGUUACAUAUGAGAGACUUUGGUUUGCAUUAGAUGAGAGUUGUUGUUCUUUGGACUUGUUAUCCAUUGCCAGUGUUUUCCAGUAUUUCAAUGUGCCAAAAUAUGGAUGGUACAAUACAUAAGAUAAAGAGAAUUUAUGUCAACUAAUGAUGUUAUUGCAUGUGUUUAAAAAAAUCCAAUCCCUUUAAUUAAGUUCAUGUAAUCUUAUUUUAUAUACAAGUUUGGUGAAAUUUUGUGGUUUAUUUCACUUCUAACAAAAAGACAUUUCUUGGGUGUAUAUUUUCAAAGUAAACACAAUCAUCACCUUGGAAUCAAUGUUUUGAAUUCGGAAAUCAAAUGUAUUUAAGAAAGAACUCAAUGUCUACCCAAGUUAUACGAGUAUAACCUGGGUUAAAGCAAUUUACAGUUUUUAGCUCACCUGAGCUGAAAGCUCAAGUGAGCUAUUCUGAUCACAUUUUGUCUGUCGUCCGUCUGUCCGUCCAUCUGUCUGUCUGUCCGUAAACUUUUCACAUUUUCAACAUCUUCUCAAGAACUACUAGGCCAAUUUCAACCAAACUUGGCACAAAUCAUCCUUAGGCAAAGGGGAUUCAAAGUUGUGAAAAUUAAGGGCCACACCCGUUUUCAAGGGGAGAUAAUUAGAAAUUAAUGAAAAAUUUCGAGAAAUUUUCAAAAAUCUUCUUCUCAAGAACCAGAAAGCCAGGAAAGCUGAAACUUGUAUGGAAGCAUCCUCGGGUAGUGUAGAUUCAAAGUUGUGAAAUUCAUGACCCCCGGGGGUAGGGUGGGGCCACAAUGG